CCACCGCUGCAAAUCCCCGACAAAAAACGACAAUCCACCACCACCGCCAACAUGCCUUCUGGACAAGGAACCGGCACGAACCCGCUGCACAACAAGAAGCCGAAGAAGAAGGUCGUCGAGGAGGACGAGGAGGACCUCGCCUACAAGAAGAAGCAGCAAGCCGACAAGAAGGCCCGCGAGGAAAUGGCCAAGAAGGCCCAGGGCAAGGGCCCGCUCAACGGCGGCCAGCAGGGCAUCAAGAAGUCGGGCAAGAAAUAAGCGCGUCGUCGGCGGCUGCGAUUUUGGCUGUGGCGAGAUGAACGACGACACGGAAAAACGGCAACACUUGGCUGCCUUCGCCACCCAUGCGCAUGGGAGCGCGAUACACGCGGGCAAGGCUGUCGGCUGUCGUCGCGGGCACGCACACACACACACACACACACACACACACGGGGCGUUCUCUUGUAUAGGCGUACUACUGAUUACCUUGAGUGGCGGAUGAUACCACGAAAUAAAUGUUGAGGGCGGGCGCGUUUUGCCCCGCCGUGCUGCUGUUGUUGCUGUUGCUUCUAUGUGCUUACUUGUUCGUUCACCAACCGACCUCACUCGCUCACCGACCCCACCACAACAACAACAUGGAACAACUCCAACCCAAACCGCAAUAUCAAGCGCACCGCGCCGCACCUACGAGCACGAAGCAGAAAACCAAACCAAAACAG